CUCGUUCCAGGCCUACUGAAUCAGAAGCUCUGGAACUGAGACACUGUAGUCUAAGAAGUACAAGCGAUCAUGAUAAACGCUCAAGUGUGGAAACCACUAGCAGAGAAGAACAGUGAGACUACAGGACUGAUGUGAAGACCACAGUAUAGGAAGAUUGGAAACCCACAGAUGUGUGUGAUAGACCUUCAGAGAAGACAUGGCUUCCAGAGAAGAGAAGACAAAGAGGACAAACAGAGUGCUAAGAAUAAGUCAGUUGGAUGCACUUGAACUAAACAAGGCCCUGGAGCAGCUGGUCUGGGCCCAGUUUACUCAGUGCUUUCAUGGAUUUAAGCCAGGGCUGUUGGCCCACUUUGAACCAGAGGCGAAAGCAUUCCUGUGGCUCUUCUUGUGGCGCUUCACCAUCUACUCAAAAAAUGCCACCGUGGGACAGUCCGUUUUGAAUAUACAGUACAAAAACGACUUUUCCCCGAAGCAGAGGUACCAGCCACCGAGCAAGAAUCAGAAGCUGUGGUAUGCUGUGUGUACAAUCGGUGGCACGUGGCUGGAGGAGCGCUGCUACGACCUCUUUCGAAACCGUCAUCUGGCGUCAUUUGGGAAAGCCAGGCAGUGUGUGAACGUCAUGGUUGGACUUUUGAAAUUAGGUGGGCUGAUUAACUUCCUGAUUUUCCUUCAGAGGGGCAAGUUUGCAACCUUGACAGAACGUCUCCUAGGCAUCCGUUCUGUAUUUUGCAAGCCCCAGAGCGUGCGUGAAGUUGGCUUUGAGUAUAUGAAUAGGGAACUUCUCUGGCAUGGUUUUGCUGAGUUUCUGAUUUUUCUCUUACCACUUAUUAAUAUCCAGAAGUUGAAAGCUAAGUUAUCCUCAUGGCGUAUUCCUCUGAUUGGUGCUCCUAACGGUGACAGUACCUUAGCCACCAGCGGCAAACAGUGUUCUCUGUGUGGAGAGUGGCCCACCAUGCCUCACACCAUAGGAUGUGAGCAUAUCUUCUGUUACUACUGUGUUAAGAGUAGUUUCUUAUUUGACAUGUACUUUACGUGCCCUAAGUGUGGCACAGAGGUACACAGUCUGCAGCCACUGAAGUCGGGAAUCGAGAUGUCAGAAGUGAAUGCUCUUUAGAAACUAAGACUGUGUCCUCUGAGGAAAACUGUAUUGUGUUUAAGUCCUUAGUAUUAGUCAUGCUAAGCAUACCGUUUAGGUGUUUUUCUUCUGAGGGGAGGUGCUUCUCUGCCACUGUCUUCUGUUCCUUUCCAGGCAUGACUAAAUUCUAAUCACUAGAAACCACAUGGUUCUAAAUACAUUAUGUAAAGAAUAAUGUACUACUUUCUCUAAAUCAUUGCAUUCAAUUUUUAGUGUUGAGAGGAGUGGACAGUUUUUGUCAGUAUACUAAAAAUGCUCUUUCAUUUUGCUACUUCCUGGAAAGAGGUUAGAUUCUAAAACAAUUUUGGAGACUCUGGGGUGAGUGUGUAUUUAUUUUCAGAGAUGGCGUUGUAACAUCAUAAUCUGACAUUGAUAAAGCCCUGUUGUUUUAAACCUUAGGAUCUGAUGCCCCAGUUGUAAUUUUAAGCUUUUCUCUAAAACCCGAUUGUAGGGGGUUCGCUUGGCUUCAUUCGCAGGCAAAAUGAAGGCCACCAGAAGCUCUAGGCAGAUGUUCUGCCAACUUUCUGAUCCGCCUGAAGUGAGGGCUUCCUGCCUAAUAGUUCUAGCUAAAUCUAGGACUCACUGUCAUUGGUCUGCCUGGGACUAUGUCCACAUUUGUGAACCAGGAUAGAAAACUACUACUCUUGAUUACUCAGAUGUGGGUGACAUCCUCACGUGUGUCACAUGGACCCGUAGUAGGAGAGUAGGCAGUUCACCACAGGAAGCUGAAGUGGCUUUGAAAGAAUAGUGGACAUGGGUAGGUAAAAACAACAGAUCCCUAUUAGAGUUUACAUUUGCCUUUUUUACCAAAAGUCUGCAUGCGGUUUUUAAUUUUACCGGUGAUCUAAGUUGAUGAGGACAUAACUGAAUGAUUAACUUACUAAAUUGCAGAUUUGAAAGGAUUAAAUAAAUAAAGUCAACACAUUUUGUUAUAAUAACAAUUUGGUUACAGUGUUAUUUUGGUAAAGUGUGUUCUGAGUAGAUGCCCAUACUGUCAUAAUUUUAACAUGAAAAUAGUAUUUUACAUAUAUGCUAACUAAUAGAGUUGUCAAUAUUAUGGGGUUUUGUGUUUUUCCAGACACUAAUGGCAGUACAAUGUAUUUUUUUUAAUUUUUUAUUGUUAUUUAACAUCUCCCACCUCACUAAGUGAUUACCCACAUGGAGUCAGGGAGUAUGAUGACUGUUUUGCUCAUCACUGGAUAACAUACCUCUCCAAUAGAGACAUUCUGUUAGCUGAACAACGAAACCUAAUAAUCACAGAUCGGGUUUUGUAGAAGCAGAUGUUGCAAGGGUUUUGAAGUUCUUUGGCCUGGAUUGGGCCAAAGUAGUCUGACCUUCUUACCUACACCUCUGGGUCACUGGCCAUGGGCUUCUCUGGGAAGGGUGUGGCCUAGAGCAUGACGCCUCUCUGCAGCUGAGGCAGACCCUAAAGGAGCUGACCCCAUCCUCCAGCUGGGCAACAGAUCCAUCCUGGGAAGAGCUGGGUGUCCAGCCUAGUGUUUACCACACCUAAUACUGUCUCUCCGUUGUUUUCCUUCAUAGUUUUCCAUUUUUGUUUUUCUUGCUUGCAAGCAUGCAGACAUCACACUAAUGGCAGGUAGCCGUUCAACUUAAAACCAUUGGGUUUCAGACUGACUUGUGCACUCAAGUGCUUCAGGGAACUCCAGCUCACUGCAGAGACCUAGGCCUGCUGGCUAAGUUGCUCUGACAGUCCCAAACCCCAUUCAGUCCCUGCCUCGCUGUGCACUGCCACGAGACUUGCUUUAACACUGGUGCUUCUAUUCCUGUUCCCCAGUGGUCUUAGGGCUCAAGGUGCAGUAUAACUGGGUCAUAUUUAGCUGCAUGAUGUAUUUCUGCUUUAGCCUCAAGAACCUAACUAUCAUCUGUGCGUAUCUCCCCUUGGGAAGAUAAAAACUUUUACACUAACAUUGUUUUUCCUCUCCCAUGUAACUUGUUCUCAAAUCAGAUUUGCUACUUGUGUAUAUAAUGUAUCCAGUUGCUUCAGUGAUCAUAUCUAAAAUAAGUACCAGUCAAAGCUAACCCAAGGCAUGUCCUGCAUCCUUGCUCCCAACAACCCCCGCCUCAGAACUCAGUUCUUUAACUCCUCUGAGAUUCAGCUUGAAAUGCUUGCUUCCUGUGAAAUGGACAUUCAGUUAUAUCUACCUUUUAGGACUGUGAUGGGAAUUAAAUAACAUCAUUCUUUUAAAAAUUACUUACGAAGCCCCUACAGGCAUUCUUCUAUAUUCAGAGAUUUACUCAUAAAUAAAAACCCCUGCUCUCAUAGAGUUUAUAUUCAUGGAGGAAUAAUAGACAAUAAAGACAUAUGGAAGAUCGUUUCAGAUGUUGGAAGUACUCUGAAGUAUAAAAGAAAUGGAGAGUGACAGGGGAUUCUGUUUUAAACUGAAUACUCAUGGAAGGCCUCUCUGAGGAGUUGAAGUUUGAAAAGACAUCAGAAUGAGCUGAGGGAAAAAGCCAAGUAGGGGACAGGUGCUGGGAUAAAGAUAGGGCAA